UAGUCUGCUAGUAACGCCUUUAGGUUAAGUGGUUUGUAGUGAGUCAUAACUCGUUGCAGCUGAAAUCACAAGAAGAGCCAGUUGGAGAAGGUACUCUCUGUUUCACCCAGAAAGCGCUCUGGGUCUGGGUUUCUUUGAUCUUUGAUAUUUUAUCUUUUCUCCCUCACAAGAUUCAAAUGUCUCGGUUUUCAUAUAAACUGUUACUGUACUUGCAUCUCAUACAACACCCAUCUCCCAAAUUCUUCACAACAGUAACAAGUGCAAGAGUUUCAGCAGAUAAAACAUCAUCAUUCACAGUUCAAUACCUCAUAAACUCAUGUGGGUUCCCCUUAGAAACUGCUCUCUCAACAUCCCAAAAGAUCCAACUCGACGAAUCGUGCUCACACAAGCACGACUCUAUUCUUUCCUUCCUCAAAUCCCAUGGCUUCUCCAAAACCCACAUCGUGAAACUCUUAACCAGGCGCCCUAGCGUCCUCCAAUCUAGUUUAGAGGAAACCCUCAAGCCCAAGAUAGAGUUCCUCCUUGAUAUCGGCUUCUCAGGUUCAGCUCUACCUAACAUGCUAAGCUCCAAUCCGUCCAUUCUCUUCAGAAGUUUGGAUGAUCACUUGAAGCCUUCGUAUGAAAUCCUCAAGACAUAUCUCGAGACCAAAGAGAAGGUUCUAGCAGCAAUAAGGCGCUCGUCAUGGAUCUUGACGUUCCCUCUGAAGCAAACUCUUGAACCUAAUGUUUCUCUUUUAAUUAGAGAAGGGGUAGCUAUCGCCAAUAUCUCUAAACUGAUCAUGACCCAACCCAGGGUUGUAAUGCAGAGCACAGACAGGAUGCCCAGUAUCAUCAGGACUGUCAAGAAGUUGGGCAUCCCACCAAGUUCUACCAUGUUUUUACAUUCUGUUCAUGUAAUGACUUCAAUGAGUGAGUCAACAUGGAACAGAAAAAUGGAGGCUUUUAAGAGCUUUGGGUGGUCUGAAGAACAGAUCCUUUUGGCUUUUAAGCAAAAUCCAUUUUGUUUGGCAUGUUCAGAGAAGAAGCUCAAUAGAGCUAUGGAUUUCUUUGUCAACACCAUGAAGUUGGAGCCCUCACUGAUAAUUUCACACCCUAAGCUUAUUAUGCAUGCGUUAGAUACAUGGGUUAAGCCAAGGUAUAUGGUUUUAAAGGUUUUGCAUUCAAAGAAGCUGAUACGCAGCGACACAAAUUUCAUUGCAGCAAUUUUACGUAAGAAGUCAAGUUUCCUUGCAACUUAUGUGAAUAAGAAUUUAGACCAAGUUCCAUAUUUGAUGGAUGUGUAUCAUGGUUGCAUCUCCAACUGAUAUUAAUGGUUACUUACGAAAAAAGAGCUGAUAUUGAUGGUGGAGUGAAGUUCAAAAGUUGUAGAAUGAAAAGAAUUGAAUAUGAAAUUUUGGUUUGCAUUUUAUAUCCA